AUGGCAGAGGAGUCUCCAUUCGCUCACGACCCGCCUACGAUGCGCUCCGGCCCUUCGCACGCUGCAGGAAGAGAAGAGGAAGGACGGGAGUGGGAGGCGAGGCGAGUCGAGCAGGGCGCUUCGGAGGGAGCGCAGGGAACGUCGAAGGGUAGGAGGAUCGAUGAGAAGGUCGUUACUGACCUCGUCCAGCACCUCUUCUCGCCGCACACCGCCGGCGACGUCCCCGCCUCGACCGUCGCACUCGUCUCGCCUCACCUCAGCAUCUCCCUCCCGUUCCUCCCCGCCCCUGCUCCUCCCUUCCACGCUCAAACGACGGGUGACGAGGACGAACAAAUCGCCAUCUCGUCACUCUCGCACAAAGCCCUCGCCCUCUUCCGCUUCCCCGCUCAUGCCGUCAACGUCCUGCCCUUCGCAAGCUGGACGCCUCGCGUCUACAACGUCGGAGAGACGACUCUUGCCGUCGCAGUUCCUGAGCACGAGAAGGGCAAGGGCAAGGCGAAGGCGGAGGAGCAUCUCGAGAUUGUCGAAAAGUGGAACGCCGAGGUCGAGUGGGUCAUGGAGAUCGGGUCGCUGCGAGGAGCGAGUGUCACGGACGAGGGACCGGGCUUGUCGAAGCGCGGGGGGUUGUUGACAAGGUCGAUGCCGCGCAAGGUCGAACUCGUCUUCACCUCGCACCAGCCGCCCCCGAUGCCGCCGUCCGGGGUCGUCCAGUCUGCGGCUCUCGCGUCGAACGUGGGCCCCUUCGACGUCCCUCACUCGCUGACGAGCGAAAUCAGCCCGGCGAGUCCGCCGGAUCUCAUCGAGGCUGCCGGCGAGGAAGAGCACAACCUCGCCCUCACCCACGUCCGCUACCUCUUCCCUCAGCCACUCACAAUUCCCCUCGUCCCUUCGUACUUCCAAGAUGUCGCCCUGUCGCUCGUCUUCGGCUUCGUCGGCUGGAUCGUCCCCUUCGCCUUCUUUCUUCUGAGGGCGUUCGGCUUCGCAGACCUCGCCAAUGUCACAACCAAGACGCCUUCCCGCCAGAUGUUGGUCCUCGCGGAGUGGCUUGAGUAUGAGCAUGAGCGCAGGGGAGGCGCGAAGGCUGUUACCCAGCCCGCCGGAACGUCCGCGUCCGCCUCAAGCCAGCCGUUCGAGGGGCCUUCUCGGCGCGCCUCUAUCGCCUCGCAAUCUCCGACCCACGAGCAUUCGAAGAAUCCGGUCGUACACUCUGCGUUGCGCCGUUCCGAACACGUCCACCGUCGCUGCGCCUCGACUGCCCCCUCGACGUCGACCUCGACUUCGAGCGCGACGCUUCUCGGCAGUCCCGAAGAGCCUCAUCACGUCCACUUCGCUUCUGGUCCGCAAUCUUCGUCGACUCUCUUCUCCAAGAUCACCGACAUCGUCCAGUCGCUCCUGCUCCACGUCCGCCAGACGCUCGACGACAUUACCGCUCUCGCGUGGACGAUCCGCCAGACUGUCGUCCUCGUCACCGAGUUCCUCGGGUCGGUCUUCAGUGUCGGCAAGGGAGUGCUGCAAGGCGGAGACGGAGAAGAGGAGGCAAAGGCGCAUGGCGUGAAGAGGAGGCGGUCGAGCGUGCAGCAUCACGAGGGGCGCGGAAGGAGCAGGGACAUGGGAGCGGAGAAGAGGACCAAGCACCACGAGGGCGAAGACGUUGGCGACGAGGCGGAGGAAGAAGAAGAGGAGGAAGAACACCCGAAGCCGAUGCCGACGAGCUAUCCGAUGGUCAGGAGCCCGGACCUUUCGCGCGGUGGCUUCUCCGUCGAGAAGCACGUUGCCUUCGCCGGCAAGCGCUCCGCCUCUGCGCCUCCGACGCCGCUCACCCCUCAAGUCCCGUUCACUCGCCCUUCCCUCCCUCGUCGUGCCUCCUCAAACGAGCCCGAGGGCGAGCCGUACAUCCCGCCGACCGACCCUGCGCACCACAACUUGCCCAGCAUCGCCACGGCCGACACUCCGCUCGCCCGCCUUCACACCGAAGUCAGCCGCGACGCCGCUUCGCGCGGUCGCUCGCUCUCCCCUGUUCUCGCCGAGGAGUACUCGCACCAUGGUGUCCCGGAGCGCGCGUACAGCGUGGAGGGGAGGGAGCGCGCCGAGGCUGCGAAGGAGGCUGCCGAGAUCGGGAGGGAGCUGAUGGGCAGUCCGGACGAGCUCGAAGCCGUCGAAGGCGUCGAGAAGCAGCUUGAGGAGAAGAGGGAGAAGUUACUCACGAAGAUGCAGCAGGAAGGCGGGGUUGAGAAGGCCGCAGCUGGUGGUGCGAGCGGAGGAGGCGACAGCCAGUUCUACGGCCUCGCAGCGGCGCAGAGCGUCUUUGCCGACCCGUACUUCACUUCCCUCACCCGCAUGCUCCCGCCCGCCCCUCACGGUCCUACGCCACCGCCCAUGCACAGGCCGACCGACACGGCCUCUUCGACUCCGCCCGUCCUGUCGCCCUUCUCCAGUCUCGCUCAGUCCGCCCCGUCGACCUCAUCCGCGGCACCCGGCACGGUCGCCCUCAGUCUCGCUCAGAAGCUCCACGCGCUCGCGCCCGGCCAGAGGCGCACGAAGGAAGAAGCGAUCGACACGCCUGUCGAGCCGCAGACGCCCGAAGAAGGCUUCGACGAGGGUCACAAGCCUGCGCCCGCAUCGAGCGGGAGGCGGAAGAGCAGGGACUAUGGGUUCGAGAUGAGCGAGGCGAUGGCGCCGCCUGGUUCGCGCCAGCCCAAGGUCGAGGAGGAGCCUGAGGUGACGGCUGCGACAGCCGAGAAGCCAAGUAGGAUUACCUAUCGCUCGCUGGCGGAGGCGAGGGCGAAGGCGCAGGAGGGAGAAGGCGAGGCGGAGGAGCUCGAGGAGGCGACUUCAGGCGGGAAGGUCGUGACGAGCGAAGAGGAGGGUACGACUACGCCUCGGGCCGCCAUCCUUACGGACCCGACCACGCCACCUACUGCUCGUCCGAUGAAAGAGCCCCGCUCCGCUCCUACCGCCUUCACCCCUCCCGAAUCGCCUACGGCAUCGACGUUCCCAUCCUCGUCAGUCGCUCCGCCGUCUGAGGCUCAGACAUCUCGCCUCAUCCGCUCGCACUCGUAUCCGUCGGACACGGACCUCAAGCACUACUACUCGCCCUCGUCGACCCUGCUGAGCGGCGAAGGCGCGUUGGGCGGCGCCGAAGGACCGUCGCCUGCCGAGGGCGUCAAAGCGGGCACCGGCAUGAGCAAGGGAGUGACGGUGGGGCAGGACGACUCGCCGCGCGUCGUUCGCGGCGAAGAGGCGGGCGAGGAGCUCGAGGAGGAGAGGGCGGAGAAGGCGCCUCUCCACCACCCGCUCCCAGGUGGCUCGUCGACGGCUGGUGCGACGCACGCAGGAGGUCCAGGAGAAGGCGCUGGCGGGAAGAAGAAGCGCAAGUCGAAGGGGAAGAAGGGCGGGAAGAAGUGA